AUGCAGUCAGUCUCGCUUCAGUGGCGGCUGAACAUGCGGGCUCAUUUCCACUGCACUCUACUGCUGAGACCGAGUGAUCUUCAUAGCAGGAGUCCUCACACAUUGCGAUUUAAUUUGAUUGUGGGCCGCCGUGGGACGGAUGUUGUGAGGCAGAUCGCACGGCCCUUUCCUUGGCAAGCGGCCACCUGGACGUGCAAGCGCUUGCUUACGACUGGCCAUGGUCAAGUGGCGCCCCAGCUAUGGCGAAACGCCUCGGUCCCCCGAGACUUUGGCAGAGUGGCAUCGCCGUUGUUGGGUGGUGUGAACGAGCCAUCUCUGCAAGCAAGUCGAGACAUGAGGUACACACAGUGUAAGAAUGACAUUCCCAGAGUGCAACAAUCGCUGGCGCCAGGCCGCCAUUGA